AGACAGCACCGAACAGAAGGUAUCCAUCAUGCUGAAUGGUGAAGAAUCAGAAUUGUACUUCGUCAACUGCACCAGCACAAAGGAAGAAAUCGAGCGAUCCGAGCCGCCAGACGCGUUCGUAGUGAUCUACUCUGUGGUAGAUAAGGCGUCGUUCCAGAAGGCGGAGCAGGAACUAGCGCGGCUGCUGGACUGCGACAUGCUGCGCGCCAGGCCUGCGCUGCUCGUCGGCAACAAGAUCGACCUGGCCAGAAGUAGAGCUGUCUCCACGCAAGACGGCAAAUGUCUGGCCUGUACAUACAAAGCGAAAUUCAUCGAGGUGUCAGUCGGCAUCAACCACAACGUAGACGAGCUCCUUGUAGGCAUCCUCAACCAGAUCAGGCUGAAGAAGCAACAGUAUUCUGCCGACGGCGGCAGGGAGUCUUCCCCUGCCCACUGGUACAAGUCCAGGGGCGUCGUCAGGGCAAGUAUGAAAGCGCGGCAAAUGUUCACCUGGAUCUUCGGUAAAGAGGAUUCCAAAUUCAAAAACUGUGAAAAUUUACACGUCCUGUGAGUGGAGAAUGACGGACCCGUGUUCGUCUAAACGGAAUAUGUACUAUUGUGAUGAGUGAAACGGAACGUGGCUGUAUGUGUUAGUUUAAGUUUGCGGGCAACACUGUUUUGUAAUUUACGGGAUUUGCGUAGUCUUGUUUUGUUAUUUUUAAAGAUUUACUUAUGUAUCCCUGCAAAAAAAAUCCUUAAAAGAUGAAAUAUUUGUGUAAUAGUUUCUCAAACAACUAGUAUAAAAAUUGAAGAAUGUUUAUAACAGAACGAACACACUUAGCUUCCUUUGCCUAUUAUGAGAAAAGCUUCACAAAAUAUUUAAAUAUUUAUACACACCGCACGAUACCAAAUUAAACUUUAAUAUAAUAAAAUAAAAACAAAUUACACAAAUUCCCGCCAAAACACCAACCGACACAAACAGUGUUGCAAACAAUAAACGCCAACUGUAUGGUAUUUAUAUUAAUGUGCCAAUUUUUGAGAGAAUUUAAUAUAUUUAGAUAGUUUUGUUUAAGUUAAUUAAAUGUAUACGUAAGGUAUAUCAGUAUUGUCCCUAAUGGUGCGAGUAGAGGUUCGUUAUAAGUUCAUGAAGGUCGAUAGAAAUCAAAUAAGUACUUAGCGAUCUUGGACAUCAUUAAUAAAAAUAUCUUAGAAGAAAAAUUUCACUUCUCGUUUUAAUUGAGCCUUAGUAAAGUGACAGGUAUUGCAACGUAAAUCUUGAAGUCAUUUUGAGACUUUCAAAAAUAAGUGAAAUAACAACAUAAUCUUCAAAACCAAAAAACCCAACUACUACAUCAAAAGUACCCAAUAAUUGUAAUGUUGUCCUAUGAAUACGUUAAUGCUUGGCAACAAAAAUACAUCCAUGAUAGGUAUCCAUCGAUCCUGCUAAAUAUCUACGCAAACUAGUGUUUGAUUUUUAUCGACACUUUAUCGAAAUCGAUAAACGUUCGAGCACCAACGUUGUCGAGAAUAUCAGCAAUAUUUAUAAGUGAUACUUAUCUUUUAGAUUUACGAUAUGUUAACAUUAUUGGACCACGAACGCAUAUAGUACCUGUAGAGUAACAUUGUAAUAUAUAUCAAUAAUUUAUCGCUGUAAUUGAAUUAUGAAUUACAAUCGUCGUAGGGGCGAAAGAUCUAUUUUGAUAUUCCCAAACCAUAGGGAUUUAAUAAUAAAGAUUAGCUAGUUAGUUACCUUAUUCAUAAACGUUGUUAAAAUAUGAUUAAAUAACUAUUUUGUUACCAUAAGUACGAGAUUUAAUAUAAAAGGAAUACUAUAAAUCAUUAUUAUGAAUGUAACGUUUAUUUUCGAGGCCUUUGAUCUUAAAAUCGCUUAUUUAUAAUUAUGUAGUUAUUAACUUUAUUUAGGAUAUUUUUUAUAUGUUACUAACUUGACUUACGUCUGUAUUUAAAGAAGUU